UCUCUAGUCUCUGCCUCUUAUCUCUGUUCUGUUACCAUCAGCUUCUCUUAAAGAGAAAGAGAAGGAGACGGAGAGGGGAAGAACUGAAGGAAGUGAGAGCGUUAGGCCGGCGGCCCAACGUAGCAUCGGGCCCCCUAAUUCUACGCUGUGGUUCAUUUUCCACCGAUUCCUUCCUGAUGUUUCUUUCCUAACAAAGUUGGCUUCGUUCCCACGGCAAAUUCCACUUUGAUACAGCGCCAAAAGAAGAAAAAAAAAAUUGAUUCUGAACUUCGCUUCUUUACUCCAUAUUUAUUCAUUUUGCCCUUUUGAACUCUGGCGGAACUAAAAGGAACCCUAUCAUUCUUCCGAUCCUCCCUCUCUUUAAUCUUAGCAGAACGGUUCGAUUUCAAAUCUAAAAAAAAGAAGAGGAGAGGGAUUUACGGUAUCAAGAUGCUUUGGAUAAUGCGAUUUUCAGGGUUCUUUUCAGCUGCAAUGGUGAUGAUUGUUCUCUCUCCUUCACUCCAGUCAUUUCCUCCAGCUGAAGCCAUUAGAUCCUCUCAUCUCGACAGUUACCUCCGUUUACCGUCAUAUCAGGUGUCCACGUCACCACACUCACUGGUGGACCGAUUCUCUUUUCGAAAAUCCUCCGAAUUUCGCAAUGCCGACGAAUGUGGCUUCACCGACCACAAAAUCACCGGCGUCUGCGAUCCUUCUUUAGUCCAUGUGGCUAUUACUCUCGAUGUUGAGUACCUCCGUGGCUCAAUCGCAGCCGUUAACUCCAUUCUCCAGCAUUCAUUGUGUCCGGAGAACGUUUUCUUCCAUUUCCUAGUCUCGGAGACCAAUCUGGAAACCCUAGUUCGGUCCACGUUCCCUCAAUUGAAGUUCAGGGUUUAUUAUUUCGAUCCUGAUAUUGUACGGAACUUGAUAUCGUCUUCUGUUAGGCAAGCGCUUGAACAGCCGUUAAAUUAUGCUAGAAAUUACAUAGCGGAUCUGCUAGAGCCUUGCGUACGGAGAGUGAUUUAUUUGGACUCUGAUCUAGUCGUUGUUGACGACAUCUCUAAGCUGUGGAGUACAAACCUCAGUUCGCGAACAAUCGGGGCUCCGGAAUAUUGCCAUGCCAACUUCACAAAAUAUUUCACGGGCAGUUUCUGGUCGGACGAACGGUUUUCGGGGACAUUCAAAGGGAGGAAGCCAUGCUAUUUUAACACAGGGGUGAUGGUGAUAGAUCUGGUGAAAUGGAGGCGGGUCGGGUACACGAAACGGAUCGAAAGGUGGAUGGAGAUCCAGAAAAGUUGCCGGAUCUACGAGCUUGGUUCGUUGCCGCCGUUCUUGCUGGUUUUUGGGGGACGCGUGGCGCCCAUUGAGCAUAGGUGGAACCAGCAUGGGUUGGGUGGGGACAAUGUGAGGGGAAGUUGUCGAGACUUGCAUCCGGGUCCGGUUAGCCUGUUGCAUUGGUCCGGUAGCGGUAAGCCAUGGCUUAGGCUUGAUUCGAAACGGCCGUGUCCACUCGACGCAUUAUGGGCGCCUUAUGACUUGUACGGACACUCACAUUGAAAUCACAGCAGGAAUAGUCGCCGGUGGAGUGCAAUGAGCAAAGAAGUGGACUUGGAUGGAGUGGUAAAGGGCAUGUGAUCUUUUAAUUUACCAGUUGGUUGUCCAUGUCCGAUGGUGGCCAAAAAGGGACCUAAUUGAGGUGGGGGUGCGUUGCGGUGCCGGCUGGAGAACUAAUUUAGGCAUUGGACGAAUCUAAAAGAGGUUUGGAUAGCCCCCUGCUUAGUUCAUGGGGCUGUAAAUUUGUUUCUUUUUGGUGAUUUUGUGCUCUGGUGGCAGCGGCGGAAGACUUGUGAACUACCUCCCACACUGUUCCUUUGCACACUUUUAGGUGGCUGUCACAUAUUCUCUCUUUGGCGUCAGAUUUGUAUGUGUAUUUUCUGGUAAUUUGUAUUUUUUUACUCUAAAUAAAGUGAUACAUACUUUCUAUUAUUAAUAUUUUAUCCACCAAAUAAAUUAUAGUAGUAAUGAUUAAUAAUGGGCGAUUGUGUAAAUGAAGCUUAAGAAAUCGAGCGAUUAAACUAGAAUGGUGGCAGCGAAAGUGGGACCAAGAUGUCAUAGUAGGGUAGGAAAUGUCCAAAGUUGGAAUGGGGACCGAUACCUUUCGCCCUAGCAUCACACGUGGCCAUUGAUGCAAUGUAGAAUCAACUAGCCGUAUUACGGUUACUCAGCACCGUAUGAUUUGUUCCUUUUGGGUUCAUCGUGUUAAUGUCAAGCUGAAUAUUGUGGCUAAC